AUGUCUCUCACCUCGUCCAGCAUCAUUCCCAGUGUCACGCCUUCGGCCUCGCCGAUUGCGCAGGGCACCGUGGCUGGUAACAUCCUGGUUAUUGCCAGGGACACGGCGGCCGCCGGCGUGGCAUCAUCGGGACUCAACGCGUACGGCAUCCCGUUCACCACUCUGUUGGUUCCUCAGGCCGGUGCCAGCCUGCCCGACUUGAACACCACCUCCGGCGGAAACUUCGGGGGUAUUGUCGUGGCUGGCGAGGUCAGCUAUGACUAUGGUGGCACCCGAGGCUUCCAGAGCGCAUUGACGACCGAUCAAUGGAACCAGCUGUACGCCUACCAGCUUGACUUUGGCGUUCGUAUGGUUCAAUAUGAUGUCUUCCCGGGACCCUCCUUCGGCGCUUCUGCCGUGGGUGACGGAUGCUGUGCUUCCGGCGUCGAACAGCUGAUCUCUUUCUCCAAUGUCGACGACUUCCCCACUGCCGGACUGCGAACCGGUGCAGGCGUCAGCACCCAGGGUCUCUGGCACUACCCGGCUACCAUCAGCAACACCACGACCACCAAGGAAAUCGCCAAGUUUGCCGCUAACUCCGUGACGUCGGGAGAGUCAACCGCUGCCGUCAUCAACAACUUUGGUGGCAGAGAGCAGAUGGCUUUCUUCAUUUCCUUCGACACGGCCUGGAGUGCCACCUCCAACUAUCUGCAGCACGCCUGGAUCAACUGGAUGACCCGCGGUCUCUUCGUGGGACAUCGUCGUAUUAAUCUGAACACCCAGAUCGACGAUGUGUUCUUGGAGACUGAAAUCUACAAGCCCAGUGGAGUCAACUUCCGUAUCACCACUGCUGACAUGGAUGGUAUCGCUAAAUGGCUUCCCACCAUCAACGCCAAGAUGAACGAGGGCAGCAACUACUGGGUUGAGCUGGGACACAACGGUAACGGUAACAUUGAAGCGUCUACUGGAAAGACCAACGGCGAAUCUCUCUGCAAUGGCGGCGGUAUUGAGUACGACUCGCCCCCUGACACCGAGAUGGAAUUCAAGAAGCCCCUGGGAACCGGAACCGACCUCUGGCCCUCGACUCAGAACUCCUACAGCUGGACCACGGAAUGCACUCAGUUGGAUGAUCUCCUGAUCUGGAUGACCAACCCCGAGAACCGCGAUAAGUUUGGCCAUCUUUCUCACACUUUCACCCACUUGGAACAGAACAACGCCACCAACUCCGACGUCAACAAGGAGAUCUCCUACAACCAGGCUUGGCUGAAGCAGAAUGGUUUUACCUCGGCCAAGUACUGGACCAACAACGGCAUCAUCCCCCCUGCCAUCACCGGUCUCCACAACGGCGAUGCCCUGAAGGCCUGGUGGGAUAACGGUAUCACCAACUGCGUUGGUGACAACACCCGUGCUCCUCUGCUCAACAAGGCCAACGACAUGUGGCCUUACUUCACCACCGUCGACUCCGACGGGUUCGAUGGCAUGCAGGUUAACCCGCGUUGGGCCACCCGUAUCUACUACAACUGUGAUACCCCUGACUGCACCGUCCAGGAGUGGAUUGACACGUCUGCCGGUAGCGGUGACUUCAACGACCUGCUUGCGACGGAGAAGGCCGACACCAUGCGUCACUUGUUCGGUCUGCACCGGGAUCCCUACAUGUUCCAUCAGGCCAACCUUCGCAACGCCGAUACCACCCCGAUCACUGUCAACGGCGUCUCUGGCCAAUACUCGAUCAUGCAGGCUUGGGUUGAGACCCAGGUUCAGGAAUUUGUUCGUCUGGUGAAGUGGCCCAUUGUCACCGUCACCCACCAGGAGAUGUCUGAAAACUUCCUUCAGCGUUACACCCGCGACGCAUGCAACUACUCUCUCCAGUACACCAUUGCCAACCACCAGAUUACUGGUGUGACGGUGUCUUCCAACAGCAACACCUGCAGCGUCCCCAUUCCGGUGACCUUCCCCGUUGCGCCCACCAACACCCAGAGCUUCGCCACCGAGCAGCUCGGCAGCGACCCUCUGACCGUCUGGGCCAAGCUCUCCGGCUCCCCAGUCACUUUCACUCUGUCCACUCCUAUUGCGUUGUAA